GGGCAGGGCCAAGCCGGCUCCAGGAGGCCGGACGCUCCCCGACGGCCGCGCAUCCCCGCACCCCGGCACCCCCGCACCCCCAGAGGUCCGGCUGGGGGCAGGCGCGGGCGGCGUGGCGGGCGCUCCCUCUCCCCCAGGGGCCGCCCCGGGCCGCCCCAGCGGGCGGAAGCCGAGGCGGCGCAGGAGGCUGGAGAGGAGGCCAUGGGCGCGCACGUCGGGGCGCUGCUGGCGCUGGCGGCGCUGCUGGUGCUAGCGGAGCUCGGGAGGCAGGAGUUUCAGGACCGCGACCAGCUGUUCGCAGGUUUCGAGAACUCGUCGUUGCUCACGUGGCCCUGUGGCCAACGAACUGUUUCGACGCGCGUCGUGGGUGGAAAGGACUCGCAGCUGGGGCGCUGGCCCUGGCAGGGCAGCCUGCGCCUGUGGGGCUCCCACCACUGCGGGGCGAGCCUGCUCAGCCGCCGCUGGGUGCUCACGGCCGCGCACUGCUUCGACAAGUACAAUGAUCCCUUUGAGUGGUCAGUCCAGUUUGGCGAGCUGUCUUCCGCCCCAUCUAUCUGGAAUCUUCAGGCUUACUACAACCGGUACAGUGUGCAGGAGAUCUUUUUGAGCCCCAUGUACCUGGGGGCUUCAUCCUAUGACAUCGCCCUGCUAAAGCUAUCCUCCUCUGUCACCUACAAUAAGUUUGUCCAGCCCAUCUGUGUUAUGAUCUCCUCCUCCGAGUUCCAGAACCGGACCGACUGCUGGGUGACUGGCUGGGGGGACAUCCAGGAAAAUCAGGCACUGCCAUCCCCCUACGUCCUCCAGGAAGUGCAGGUCGGCAUCAUAAACACUGCCAUCUGUAACUACCUCUACGCACAGCCGACUUUCCGCCGUGACAUCUGGGGAGACAUGGUUUGUGCUGGCAACCCCCUCGGUGGCCAGGACGCCUGCUUUGGUGACUCAGGCGGACCCUUGGCCUGUGAGAAGAGAGGGCUGUGGAUUCAGGUUGGAAUCGUGAGCUGGGGAUCCGGCUGUGGUAGGCCCAACCGGCCUGGUGUCUACACCAACGUCAGUAGGCACUUCAAGUGGAUCAGGACGCUCAUGGCCCGCAACAGCAUUCAGAGGCCAGCCCCCUGCCUGCAGCUGCUCCUCCCUCUGCUCUGGCUUGCCUCCCUCCUGUAGCUGGCCUGAGUCCAGCAGAGCCCCUGAGAGUUGGGGCCGUCUGCUGAGCCAGGCCCGGUUCCCCCAACUGUUCCUUUUUAAAUAAACAGGGUUGCAUGUUGGAGUCUA